AUGUCUUCACGGAGCAAGCGUAUGCUCAGUCGGGUAGCGCAGGUGUCCAUCGUGUUUUUGGUGCUUUACUGCUUUACAGCAGUCGUGAUCUGGAUAAAAUGGGCCGAGAUGAAAGAUCUAAAUUUCGAAGCUCGAGAUAUUACUACACUUGACGUCGAAGAUGAAAGUGGCGAAUACCCUGAUCAAGCAUGGAAAAAGAACGAGUUUCAGUGUCUCGGCUGGGUGGAGACCGAUGACGAUGGAGACGAGUCGGGGGCAAGAAGAGAGUGCUGGCAGCGGAUUCAAGCUGGAGAUGCAGGGUACUGCGAGGUGAUGAACACUAGCUCUGGUCAAGUGCUCCGCGUGAUGCAAACAACCAGUCUUUCUCUCAAAGACGACGCUCGAUUCACGUGUGAAUUGGCACAAUCGUUUUCCUCGUUUCGCUUCCGUGCCAUGGCAUAUCGUCACGAUCCACCGAUGACAUUAGACCCACUCAACUCACAAGGAAUUAUCAUGGCAGUUUACGAAAAUGUCCUUCCUAGUGCAUUCGCUAGUGUCCGUCGUCUACGGGAUGUCGGAUGUACACUUCCAAUAGAGCUCUGGUUUCGUCACAAUGAACUACUAACGGACAACCCCGUGCUGUUACUGCUGACUGAAAAGUACGGACCGAUACACCUACGUCAGGUAUUCGACGAGCGCAUCUUUGGCUUCAACGUAAAGGUGCAUGCUCUGUACUACUCACACUUCACCAGCGUCUUGCUGCUCGACGCGGACAAUUUCGCCGUAAAGAAUCCAACGCCUCUGUUCUCUUCUCGAGCGAUGAAGCAAUACGGUGCUGUUUUUUGGCCUGAUUUCUGGCACCCUGGGAACUCAAUCUUCAACCUUCAUGCUCAAAGUUUGGUGUGGGAGCUGCUAGGACUCGAAUACGUGGAUAUGCCCGAGCAGGAGAGCGGUCAGGUAUUGGUGGAUCGAGCGGUGAGCAAGCCAAUGCUUGAGCAACUGAUGUACUACGCGACGCACACGCCCAAUCUGUUUUCGAAAUUAAAGCUCGUGUGGGGCGACAAAGAUCUCUUCCGCUUGACAUGGCUGCAGAUGCGAAAGAAAUUUUACUACAACGACCGUCGCGUUCCUGGAACUCUUGGAAUCGUUAACCAUGACCGUCGACGCUACUGCGGAGUUACGAUGGUGCAGUACGAUUUAAAUGGCCAAGACAUGCUCUUCUGGCACCGAAACACUAUCAAACUGAGUGGGCGAGAUGAUCGACGGGUGUGGCACACGCUACAAGAGCUUCAUGCUGUAGACAGUAGCUGGCUCCCCAAGAUUCAGUCUUUCAACGGCAAAAAAGUGUUCAAUGAAACGUCAUGCUUUGGAGUGAAGCGAUUUGAGAUGAAUGGUUUUGUGCAAAUGAAGCGCGUUGAUGAGCUGGGAGAUAUUUUGGCCUCGCUGGAGAACACGUUGAUUAUAUAUGCACGACAGGCAUACGAGCUGCUUGACAACGACGACUUGGACUAG